AUGGGAACGGGCGGGAGGAUGCGCCUGAGUCGCGUCUGCUGCGUUUUCUACCAGCUGUGCGUGCUGUCAAGCGGACUGGCCGCAGGUCUCCAUGCUUCGGAAGACUCUGAGGAGUGGGAGAUUGUCUUCCCUGCGCUCUGGAGCAGGGGCCAGCAGGAGCCAGCGGGUGGCAGUGGUGGAGGGGGCGGCUGCAGCGCCGACCCCAGCUGCGGGAACCGGAGCAGCACCCCCAGUGCCCCCAUCACACCCAGCCCGGUGGCAGGCAGCUCUCGGGAAGUGCGCUCCGUCUCCUCCUCGGUGGAGGGGCAGGGGCAGGCUGCAGGGGAGGCAGCAGAAGAAGAGGACACCGAGGAUGAGUAUGAGUCUCAGGAGUUUUACCACUGGUCCCCCCUGCCCCAGGGGUCCGGUGCCGCCUCUCAGUUACCACCAGCACCGUCUCUCCCGCCACCACCUCCAGCCGAGGAUGGAGAUGAAGUGCUGCUGAGGAUCCCGGCCUUUGCUCGGGAGCUCUACCUGCUGCUCAAGAGGGACAGCCGCUUCCUGGCUCCUGGCUUUGCUGUGGAGGAACGGCUCAGGGGAGAUGGCAAAAGCCCACCUGGUGCUGCACAACUGCAGCCUGAGAGAGCUUGUUACUACAGCGGUGCUGUUCUUCGCUACCCGGGCUCCUUCGCUUCCUUCAGCACCUGUGGUGGAUUGAUGGGGUUUAUACAGAUUAAUGAGGACUUCAUAUUUAUUGAGCCACUCAAUCGCACUUUGGCUGUGACAGGUCAUGCUCACAGGGUGUACAGACGAAAAAGGUCCAUAGAGGAGAAAAUAACUGAAAAGCCAGCUUCUCAGAAUCACUACUGUGGUGUUGUUACAGAUAAAAGAAAAUCCAAGAAUCAGAAAGUGUCAGAAAGUGGAAGAGGAAAACGAUACUCUUACAAAUUACCUCAGGAGUACAACAUAGAAACUGUUGUGGUGGCAGAUCCAGCUAUGGUUUCGUAUCAUGGAACAGAUGCUGCCAGAAGGUUUAUUCUAACCAUCUUAAACAUGGUUUUUAACCUUUUCCAGCACAAGAGCCUUGGACUGCAAGUGAAUCUUCGGGUUACUAAGCUUGUCCUCCUUCACGAAACUCCGGCAGAUAUGUAUAUUGGGCAUCAUGGAGAAAAAAUGCUGGAAAGUUUUUGUAAAUGGCAACAUGAAGAGUUUGGCAAGAAAAAUGAUAUACACUUAGAGAUGUCAACAAGCUGGGGAGAAGACAUGUCUUCAGUUGAUGCAGCUAUACUUAUCACAAGGAAGGAUUUCUGUGUACAUAAAGACGAACCAUGUGAUACUGUUGGUAUAGCAUAUCUGAGUGGAAUGUGCAGUGAAAAACGAAAAUGUAUUAUUGCAGAGGACAAUGGUCUGAAUCUCGCUUUUACCAUUGCCCAUGAGAUGGGUCACAACAUGGGAAUAAACCACGACAAUGACCACCCAUCCUGUGCAGAUGGUCUCCAUAUCAUGUCUGGAGAGUGGAUUAAAGGACAGAAUCUUGGUGAUGUUUCUUGGUCCCGGUGCAGCAGGGAAGAUCUGGAAAGAUUUCUCAGGUCAAAGGCCAGUAACUGUCUGCUACAGACGAAUCCUCAGAGCCUCAAUUCUGUGAUUAUUCCCUCCAAGCUCCCAGGAAUGACAUACACUGCAGAUGAACAGUGCCAGAUUCUUUUUGGACCAACUGCUUCUUUUUGCCAAGAAAUGCAGCAUGUCAUAUGCACUGGGUUGUGGUGCAAGGUGGAAAGUGAGAAGGAAUGCAAAACUAAACUGGAUCCACCCAUGGAUGGAACAGACUGUGACACUGGAAAGUGGUGUAAGGCUGGAGAAUGCAUCAGUCGGACUUCUUUUAUGGAGCAUAUGGAGGGGGAGUGGAGCACGUGGAGCACUUGCAGCCGUACUUGCAACACUGGAAUCAGCAGUCGACAACGCAAAUGUGCUGGUCUAGGCAUUGAAGGAGAGUGUCACGGUCCCAUGAUGCAGUAUAGAAUAUGCGAAAAUCCUUCUUGUCCUGCUGGUGUGCCUGCCUUCAGAGACUGGCAGUGCCAGGCUUUCAGUGUCAGAUCUUCAUAUCAGAAGCAUGUGCACCAGUGGCAGGCUGUGAUCGAUGAUGAAAAACCCUGUGCCUUAUUCUGUUCACCAGCUGGAAAAGAUCAGCCUGUUCUUCUAGCAGAAAAGGUGAUGGAUGGGACUUCUUGUGGCCAGCACGGGUUAGAUAUCUGUGCAGAUGGUAGAUGCCAGAAAUUUGGUUGUGAUGGGAUAUUAGGAUCUCUGGCUCGUGAAGAUCAUUGUGGUGUGUGCAAUGGUAAUGGAAAGUCAUGCAAAGUUAUUAAAGGUGAUUUUAACCAUACCAGAGGAGCUGGUUAUGUGGAAGCUUUGGUGAUACCCGCAGGAGCAAGAAGAAUCAAAGUUGUGGAAGAAAAACCAGCUCACAGUUAUUUAGCUCUUCGAGAUGCUGGUAAACAGUCAAUUAAUAGUGACUGGAAGAUAGAGCAUUCAGGAACAUUCAAUAUUGCUGGGACCACCGUCCAUUAUGUUCGAAGAGGUCUCUGGGAGAAGAUAUCUGCCAAAGGUCCCACAACAUCACCUUUACAUUUACUGGUGCUGCUAUUCCAUGACCAGAGCUAUGGUCUACACUAUGAGUACACCAUCCCACUGGAUCCUCCUCCUGAGAAUCAAAGCUCUAAAGUACCAGAGCCUCUUUUCAUGUGGACUCAUUCUGGCUGGGAGGACUGUGAUGCUGUAUGUGGAGGAGGUGAAAGAAAAACAACAGUCUCCUGCACAAAGAUUAUGAACAAAAAUAUCAGUCUUGUGGACAACAAGAAGUGCAAAUAUUUAACAAAACCUGAACCACAGAUCCGAAAGUGUAAUGAGCAGCCAUGCCAGACCAGAUGGAUGAUGACUGAAUGGACUCCAUGUUCAAGGACAUGUGGAAAAGGGACCCAGAACAGACAAGUAGCCUGCACACAGCAGCUAAGAAAUGGGACCCUGAUCAGAGCAAGGGAGAGGGAUUGCCUUGGGCCAAAGCCUACUUCUGCACAGCGCUGUGAAGGCCAGGACUGCAUGACUGUGUGGGAGGCAGGAGUCUGGUCUGAGUGCUCUGUAAAGUGUGGUAAGGGAGUACGGCAUCGGACUGUGAGGUGCACCAAUCCCCGCAAGAAAUGUGUUUUGUCCACAAGACCUAAAGAAGCAGAGGACUGUGAGGACUAUUCCAAAUGCUACAUCUGGAGAAUGGGAGACUGGUCUAAGUGCUCCGUUACCUGUGGCAAAGGAAUGCAGUCCCGAGUCAUCCAGUGCAUGCACAAGAUCACAGGAAGGCAUGGCAAUGAAUGUUUUUCCUCAGAAAAGCCGGCAGCCUACAGACCCUGUCAUCUCCAUCCCUGCAAUGAGAAAAUUAAUGUUAACACAAUAACAUCACCCAGGUUAGCUGCUUUAACGUUCAAGUGCCUGGGAGACCAGUGGCCUGUGUACUGCAGGGUGAUACGAGAAAAGAACCUAUGCCAAGACAUGAGGUGGUACCAGCGUUGCUGUGAGACAUGCAGGGACUUCUAUGCGCAAAAGAUGCAACAAAAAAGUUGA